AUGGGAGACUAUUCUCAAGCGAAGAAAAAAAGCUUCAAUUUUCCUCCUUCAAAUGGCCAAUCAUUAACCAUUCAAUUUUCUCAAAUACCCAAACUUCUAACCACCGCAAUGGCCGCCUCCGUUGCUGUCGCGAGCAAGAAAGACUCCAACGGUGGUCAAGGUCUUAUCCUAGGACGCUACGAGCUCGGAAAAUUCCUCGGCCAAGGUGCUUUUGCUAAAGUUUACCAAGCCUGCAACGUUAAAUCCGGUCAAAGCGUUGCUAUCAAAGUACUCGACAAGGAGAAAAUCCUCAAGGGUGGCAUGAUCGCUCACAUCAAGCGCGAAAUCUCCAUCCUCCGCCGUGUUCGCCACCCCAACAUCGUGCAACUCUUUGAAGUCAUGGCCACCAAAUCCAAGAUUUACUUCGUUAUGGAAUACGUGCGUGGCGGUGAACUGUUCAACAAAGUUUCCAAAGGCCGGUUAAAAGAAUCCGUCGCCAGAAAAUACUUCCAGCAAUUAAUCUCCGCCGUUAAUUUCUGCCACGCCCGCGGCGUUUACCACCGCGACUUGAAGCCCGAGAAUCUCCUCCUCGACAAUAACGGCGACUUGAAAGUCUCUGAUUUCGGGUUGAGCGCCGUUUCGGAUCAGAUCCGACAAGACGGUUUGUUUCACACAUUUUGCGGCACCCCCGCUUACGUGGCGCCGGAAGUUCUCGGCCGGAAAGGAUAUGAUGCGGCCAAAGUCGAUAUCUGGUCUUGCGGGGUAAUUUUGUUUGUUUUAAUGGCGGGUUAUUUACCAUUCAACGAUCAAAACGUAAUGGCCAUGUACAAGAAAAUUUACAGAGGUGAGUUCAGGUGUCCGAGAUGGUUUUCAUCUGAGUUAGUUCGGUUACUCACGAAACUUCUUGAUACCCACCCGGAAACCCGAAUAACAAUCCCAGAAAUCAUGGAGAACCGUUGGUUUAAAAAGGGAUUUAAACAUAUUAAAUUCUACAUUGAAGACGAUAAAGUUUGCAAUGUUGAAGAGGUCGAUGAUGAUGUGGGAUCAUAUUCAACGGACCAUUCAUCAAUGUCCGAGUCAGAAACCGAGGUGGAAACUAGGAUGAGAGUCGGUCCAUUGCCGAGGCCAGCGAGUUUGAACGCAUUCGACAUUAUUUCAUUUUCUCCUGGUUUCAAUUUAUCUGGGUUGUUUGAGGAAGGAGGUGAAGGUUCAAGGGUCGUGUCCGGUGCACCGGUUUCGAAGAUUAUAUCCAAAUUGGAAGAAAUAGCAAAGGUGGUUUGUUUUACAGUAAGGAAAAAGGAUUGUAGAUUGAGCUUAGCUGGUUCAAGAGAAGGUGUAAAAGGGCCAUUGACGAUUGCAGCUGAGAUAUUCGAGCUAACGCCGUCGUUGGUUGUUGUCGAAAUAAAGAAGAAAGGUGGCGACCGAGGCGAGUUCGAGGAGUUAUACAUUAGGGAACUAAAACCCGGGUUAGAGAAUUUGAUGGCGGAGGACUCGGUAUCAUCUGCCACCGCCGCCUCCGCUACAGAUGAUUCAUGUUUACCUCCGGAUUCGGAAUAGAGAGAAGGAUAAACUUUUCUCUUUGUUUGUAUCAUAAAGAAGAAAAAAAAAACAGAU